AUGCAUUUCUCUUCGUACGUUGCUGCUGCUUUGUACGGGCUGCCGGCCCUGGCGCACGCGGCCCCGUCCCCGUCAUCGUCCUCGGCCGCUUCAGUGUCUGGUGGCUCCGAGUCCGACCACUUCAAGCCCUACACCAUCAAGGCUGAGAAUAUCACCGCCACGCUGAUCCCGUACGGCGCGCGCCUCACCUCAGUGCUGGUCCCUGACCGCGAUGGCCACCUGCAGGAUGUCGUCGUAGGCUACGACGAGCCCAAGGAGUAUCUCCACGAUAGCGAGACCAAUCGCACCUUCUUUGGUGCGGUCGUAGGCCGCUACGCCAACCGCAUCAAGAACGGGACAUUCACCAUCGACGACCACACCUACCAUGUCCCCAAGAAUGAGAAGGGUGGCUUCAACACCCUCCAUGGCGGCAAGAUUGGUUAUGAUAUGCGCAACUGGACCGUUACCGCACACACUUCGUCAUCCGUCACCUUCUCUUUGCUCGACAAGGGCUUCCAGGAUUUCCCGGGUGACGUUCUGACCCACGCGACGUUCAGCGUCUCCACCAAAACCACCCCGGAUAAUCCCAAGGGACUGCCGCAGCUGACCUCGAAACUGGUGUCGCUCGCCUUGACUGAGAAGACGCCAAUCAUGCUGGCCAAUCACAUCUACUGGAACCUGAACGCAUUCCAGAACCCCACUGUGCUGAACGACACCACGCUGCAACUCCCUCUGUCGCAGCGGUACGUGGCCGCGGAUGGCAUCGAAGUCCCGACCGGCACCAUCCUCGACGUCAGCGACACGCACAAGGGCGCGUUGGAUUUCACGAGCCCCAAGCUGAUCGGCAAGGAUGUCGACAAGACCACCGGCGUGUGCGGCACGAGCUGCACGGGCUACGACACUUGCUUUCUCGUCGACCGCCCCAGCUCCUCCACGGCGCAAAACUCCCUCAUCCCCGCCGUGCGUCUGGCCUCCCGCAAAACAGGCAUCAGCCUCGAAGUAGCCACCAACCAGGCCGCCCUGCAGAUCUACGACUGCGACGGCCAGGACGGCUCCAUUGCCACGAAGAAGUCACAGGCGAAGCGCAACAAGGCCUACGGGGGCAAUGCCGGCGCUGAGUAUGUCAACCAGUACGGUUGUGUCGUCAUCGAGACCGAGGACUGGAUCGAUGGGAUCAAUCAUCCCCAGUGGGGCCGUCGUUCUUACCAGGUCUUUGGUCCUGAUGAUGGGCCUGCUAUCAACUGGGCUACGUACCAAUUCGGUACUUUCUAG